AUGGAAGGUGAGAACAGAGAAGUCGAUUGGGAAAGCAAUGGCCUCAGGCAACGAAAUCGACAAAAAUUGGCGAAAUGGAUGGGCUUUUUGGAAGAGAGAAGCCAUACUCGGACUGUAUUGUACUUGCUGAAGACAGGGGUCCCGAUCUGUAAUUGGUUGAUAGAUUAUGAUUGGAAGGAGUCAUUCUUCGCGGAUAUGAGUGCUGGUCUCACUUUGGCCGUCUUCAUGGUGCCUACGGGCAUUGCGCAUGCUGGGAUCUGUGGAGUGGAGCCUGUUUAUGGACUCUAUACUUCCAUUUUCCCAACUUUUUUGUAUAUGAUCUUUGGGAAUAGCAAGUACAAUGCAUUGGGUAAGACAGUUCUCUAUCUUGGAAUUAUCCAUCAAUGGUAUUUCAGGUCCAUUUGCUAUUUUGUCUGUGCUGACCCACUCGAUAAUCGAAAAGGUGCAAAUUGGGGAACUGGAAAAGCAAAUCAUGUUCAAUACGACCAGUUAUAACAUGACGGAGAUGGUUGAAACGGGGAAGAAUAUUACGCUUACAGCGACGAUAGACGAUUUUGUUCCAUUGAGACCGAUCCAUGUGGCAACUACGGUCAUGUUUUUAUCUGGGAUUUUUCAUGUGAGUGCGAUUACAAACAAUUAAUAUUACAAAAAAGUCAUCACAUUGCAUGAGUUUGUAACCUUCUUUUUUAGAUUUUUCUUGGAGUUGUGAGGGCUGAUUUCCUGUCCUGUUACCUAUCAGAACAAGUCAUGUCCGGCUUUGUUGUCGGUGGAUUUGUUCAUGUAUUUUUCUCGCAAAUUGGGGAGGUUUUGGGGAUCAAACUACCAACGAGAGAUGGUCCUGGAUCGUUGUUUUAUGUAAGGAAACUAAUCGAAUCGCCAAAUUAAUAUACGAUUACAUAAUCUUUAGAGAGUUCAAGAUUUGUUUGUGAGACUCCCCGAGACCCAACUGCCCACAUUCCUGAUCAGCCUGGCUUCGAUUUCUUUUCUAACAUUCUCCAGGAAUGUCAUGGAUCCAUGGUUGAGCAGUGUAUUCGAGUUUCCGGUACCUUACGAACUGUUGCUGGUAAGUAAGCCUAAAUGAUUCAAUGUGGUUUUUAUAGGUAAUUGUUGGAAUUACUGCUACAAAUUAUGCGGAUCUAAGCAAUCGUCACGCCGUUGCAGUUGUUGGAAAUAUUCCCACAGAGUUAGUUUGGCUUUACUAAAAAUACAUGAGUCUAUGACUUUAUUUUAGUUUCCCCCCUCCGGCGUUGCCUCGAUUCGAGUUGAUUCCCUCAAUCUUUGUAACAACUUUGGGGAUUACAAUAGUCACCGUAGCAAUUCAUCUGACAGUAGUUAAGAUUGUGGAGAACAAGCAUCACGAACCCAUCAAUUCCUGUCAUGAGUUAUAUUCGCUGGGCAUUGUGGGCGUGCUUUCUUCGGCGUUCCCCGUCUUUCCGGUCACGUCCAUCUUCGCUCGGACUUUGGUUGGAAGUCCGGACAAGAACACCACCCAGGUAGGGCCUUAAUUUGCAUAAUUGGAUUUCGCUAAUCUUUUUGGAAGUUGUUUGGAGUCCCUAAUUGGGCGCAAAUGUCAUCCAUUACACCCGUUCUCUUCAGCUGACCGUGUUUUUCUCGUCGAUUGCACUGCUGGCCGUUGUUCUCUACAUCGGGCCGGCUUUGGAAUACCUGCCGAAAGUAUGUUGAAGGUCUUAAUUCAAGGCCGAACCCACAAAUUAAUUACUCUUUCCAUUCAGUGCAUCCUCGCCUCCAUCGUUCUGGUUUCAUUAACGGCGGCAUUCGACAAAAUUAAGGAAUUAAGGACCCUCUGGCCAUUGUUCAAGACCGACUUCUUCAUCUUUGUAAUCACCCUGCUCUUAACGGUGUGCUACGAAUUGGCCAAGGGUCUAAUCUUGUCGGUGGCCAUAGCCGUGCUGAGUACCGUAAUCCGAAAUCAAUUCUCAUCAUGGCAUUUCUUGCAUCAGAGUGAGGAUUCCGAGGAAUUUAGAGAGAUCUCCAAGAGUCAGCUGAGCGAGAUCGAGAGCGCCGCAUGUGUCUUUCGAUUCGAUGGACCAUUGAUAUUCACAUCGGUACAAAAGUUUACAAAGUCCGUGAGAAAAGCGAUGAAAAGAUGGGAGAAGAGAGAAGAGAUCCAAACAGAUGACUCCGGGUGCAAAUGGAGGACCAGGAGAGAUGCCAAGAAAGGAGGACGUCUGGUCAUCGACUGCUCGGGCUUCCCUUAUGUUGAUUAUAUGGGAUUAAUUACAUUGAAGAGGGUGAGUCCAAAGAACAAAAAGAUACAUGCAAAGGACACAGUUGCAUAUACGAAGGAAAGCGUAUUAAAAAAUGUUGUGAUAUUAAAGUCAAGACAUGACAAGGACUCGAAAAAUCCACAGGAAAAGAAAAUACCAGGGGAAAAGACCUUUUCGAACAGCACGUUCAAAUUUUUGCAGGAUUUCGGAUGUUGUACUUGAGAUUUGAACUUGCUGAAGAAAAAACAAAGGAAUGCCAUAAAGAGAGCAGGAGUAAUUUUGGACCUGAAUUUUCUAAAUACAACACAAUAAUUUAAAUUUCGUUUUUUACAAAAACCGGAUAAAAUGCCAUCUGAAAUUUGCGCGAAUUUGAAUGUCUUUUGCGGUUUGUAAUUUUUAAUUGGUCAGGAGAUGAUUGGAACUACAGGUCAUACUUCGAAGUAUAAUAUAAUAAGAAAACUAUUCCUCUAAAAUGAAUACGGAUUUCCCAAGCAGGAUCCAAGCCUUUCUCAGAUUCCUUUUGCAAAACUAGAGUGUUUUUUGACGCCUUCAAAAUUACGUACCAAAUUUUGAAGCUUAUCUUCUGACGUGUCAUGACGUCUAAUCGCGACGUUCACUUUCAGACGUACAAAGAGCUACGAAUGAACAACAUCCACGUUCGUCUGGCCGCCCCCAAAGGUACAGUCCCUCCCGAUAUUUAGUUAAUUGUUUCCAAUCUUAAGCCAAUUUGAGACGAAUGAUCGAGAAUACGGACUUUUUGGAGACGGUGCCGGCCGAGCACGUGUUCCCGACCAUCAAGAAGGCCUACCAGCAUCUCCAGGAUGUCUACAAUUAA